CCCAGCCCAGAUUAUCCGUUGUACAUCACCGCCAAACGUUACUGGCUCGCCGAAUUCGAAGCUCACGAUGCAGACCCAGAGGCGCUAACGCUCAUACUCCUCCAUUCCACCAGCUUUCACAAGGAAACAUGGGAGCCGACCGUCGAACGCGUCUUUCGACACCUUUCGCAGCGUGGUGCAAGGUCCGGUCUGCGACGAGUCAAAGUCAGGUGUGCGUGGGUCAUAGAGUCUCCAAACCACGGUGAAUCGGCCCAGUUGAACCAAGAGGCACUCCAGCACCCUCCAUUUUACCGUUCUUUCUGCUGCGAGACAUACGCCCAGGCAGUCCACCGCUUCCUGUCUGCAGGUCUCGAGCAUGAAGCAAGGGUAGACUUCAGGACGCAGAGGCUCGUCGGUAUAGGCCACUCUUUGGGGGGUUGUGCGAUAUCUUUGCUCCAGCACAUCCAACCCAUAUUCACCUUUUCGUCCAUCAUCCUCGUCGAACCGAUGAUGAGUGCAGGUGGCCCAGGGCCAAUCCACCCACUUCGGGUCAUGCUCAUAAAACACGCCUAUGAACGCCAAGACGUGUGGUGUUCCAGAGAGGCAGCUUGGCGAAGUCUCCAAGGGAGAAGGCGCACCGAAAACUGGGAUCCGCAGGUUUUGAAACUCUAUGUCAAACAUGGUCUCCGACCUCAUCCAGGUGGCGCUUACGCUGAAGCACCAUAUCACGGUGUCACUCUGGCAUGUACACGGGAGGAAGAAGUGACAAUGUAUAGAGAUGCAGAUGGGGCGACGAAGCCAGUAGCGGUUCUAGAUGAGUUUUGUACUCGCAUUCCAGUGCACGUCAUCUUUGGCGCUGUCAACGACUUUGUGUAC